AUGGAGGAAGAUAAUGAAGGAUAUUUUUCAACUGAAGAAUUCAGGAAAAAAGUGGAGAAAAGUAACAAGGGGUUGAUAAUAGAAGAUUGGGCACCACAGUUAUCGAUCUUAGAGCACCAAGCUAUAGGGGGGAUGGUAACACAUUGUGGGUGGAACUCGAUACUAGAAGCGGUUAGCAUUGGUGGAAUACCACUCAUAACAUGGCCAUUGUUUGCCGAGCAGUUUUACAAUGAGAGGUUGGUGGUGGAUGUGCUUAAGAUUGGAGUUGCUGUAGGGGUGACUGUAUGGUACAAUGUAGAUGAAGCUGGAAAAGAGAUUAUAAGCAGAGAGAAAGUGGAGCUUGCGGUUCGAUUGUUAAUGGAUGAUGGCGAAGGCGCGGCGGAGAUGAAACGGAGGGCGAAGGAGCUCAGUGAGGCUGCUAGAAAAUCUGUUCAAAGUGGUGGUUCAUCUCAGACUAACUUAAUAGCCUUCCUAGAUGAGUUGAGAACAAAAACUCGUUCAAAGGUUGUGUAA